UUUUAUUUUCUUCCCCUCUUUUUCUUCUUCAAUCACUUCUUGAGUGUGAUACCUUCAAAUUCUUGCUAAACCUAGAAUAAUUAUUUCCCUCUCAAACAGUUUUAAUCAUACAUAAUCUAACUUUUAAUUCACUACUACGAAGUAUUUAAUUUUUUUUAUGUUUCCUGACCCACAAACGACAAGUUAUAUGCAACCUUACCUUUAUUUUAUAAUCAUACUCAAAUAAUUAUUCAUUAAUUUUCCCAACUUUAUUGUUAAAAAGAUUUUCUUGUCCCUCUUUCAACCUCACAUUAUUUUUCUUCUACAUUUAAUUUUCUUUAUAAUUUAAUAAUUUAAUUUCACUAGACAAAAACCCCACCAAAUCUAACUCUUCAUAUUCUUAUUCUUCUUCUUCCAUACUUCUCUGUUCCAUUUUUUUAAAUAAUUUUUAUAAUUUUUUUUUUAUUAUUUAUCUUCAUUGAAUUUUCUGGGUUGGUUGUUAGACACCCUUUGAAGUCAAAUUUCGAUAUAAUUUUUAUUAGUCCUUCUUCUGUGGAUCUCAUUCACCAUUUCUCUCUCUAAUAGUUUUGCAGGUGAGCAUUGUCAGAAAACUUAAAAACUCUGCUUCCUUUUUUCUUUUUUGGCCUAAAUUUUGAUUUUUUUUAAUCAUCAUUUCUAAAUUUUGGGUUUUGGGUAGAUGCUAAAAAUUUAGGAGAGAAUUGGGUUUGAUCAAUGUAAAUAAAGCAAGUUUUGAGGGCACCUCACUCGCUAAUCCAGAGCCUCCUAGAUUCCGACUAAUUCAAAUUCGAGCUGGGCCGGGCCCUUAUUGGGAGGAAAGCUCUCCCAACAAAAUGCAGAGAUAGCAGUUGAGAAUUGAGAGUGAAGAGCAAAGAAAGAAAAUACUCACUCAAGUGGAGUUGACAGUUGGUGAAGGAGUAUUAAAAUGGUGUAAUCAAUGUUGACAAUCUUUGAAUAAUUGGGUUCAAUUAUAAGUUGCAAAUAAUAUGCCUCAAGACAAAAGAAGAUCAAUUAGUUAUAGAUCAUUUGUAACAUGUGAUGAUCCAAAAGGUGUUGAAUGUGGGGUGAUUAGAAAAUCAAAGAUCAAUAAUAAUUCUCAAAAAAAGGAGCAAGAUAGUAGUAAUAAGGUUGAAGCUGACAGAAAGCAAGGAAAUCAAAACACAUCUGUAGUAGUUGUUGAUUCUGUUAUUAAGGAAGAGAGAGAUAAAAAGGAGAUGGGAGUUAGGGGGAUCACACGGGCUCAACUCGAAAACCCGGUAUCUUUUCAGCUACUAGAGGUAUCUAGAGAAACUGAGAAGUUGAAUCAUGUGAUCAAUUCUUGGUCUAGUAGUAGUGGUAGUAGUUAUGACAAGUUAUUGAAGAAGAAACAAAAUGAUAGUGUUGCCAAAGAUUUGUUGAGAGGAGCUCUUGAUCUUCAAGAAUCCUUAGUCAUGCUUGGGAAGCUGCAGGAAGCUUCGAGUUAUAUGUUGGGAUUGUCGCGAAAGCAGAAGCAAAAACUCGAUGAAGGAGCGUUUGAUGUAAUGGUUAGUGGGGUGAGGGGACAUUCGAGGCCUGCAAUGCAUGUAGAUGGAUAUCCAAGGAAAUCGGUUGAUGAGAUGAGGAAUGUUGUUAGAGAUAGUCUUCUUAGGCAAAAUAUGAUAUCAAAUCCUAUAUUUGAGGAGCAUUAUGAUCAUAGAAAGAUGUCUAUGGCUUCUCCUGAUAUGUUGCCUUCUACUAGUUCGAGUACUCAAUCAUCGAUGGUUUAUUCGAGUAAUUUCGUUCCCUCUGAUUCUUCUGUCUCAUCAUCAACCGCUUCUCGGAGGAAAAAUGGAAAAGACUUGAAUUUGAUUGUUAGACUAAUGGGGUUAGAAUCAUUCCCUUCAAGUCCUAGGAAACACGCUGAGAGGGAGAAAUUACUGAACUUGGCAAAGCCUACAUACGAAAUUGAUUCACCAAGGGCAAAGAGGCCUCAAUUUGGUGCUCAAGAGGUGGGUUUGAAACAAAGAAGUGUUGAAGAAAUACUUGAGAGAUUAAAAUUUAAGGGGCUUCUUAAAAAUAGUUCUGUGGAUGGCCUGACAAUUCAUUCCUCGGAGUCUGAAAAUUACUCCUCGAAUAAUAGUUGGGUUGAUGAAAGACCGCCUAUUGUUGUCAUGAAACCUAUGCGCUAUCCCUGUCUAGAUCUUGACGAGCCUUUUAAAACAAAGUUUUGGGGAGAGAGAGACAUGAAACCAAGAUGCAGUAGAGGAUCUGCUCAAGAAUUUGUCAGAAAUGAAGCUGUAAACUACAGUGAGAAGAAUGAAGUAGCCGGAGUUGAUUGUGAAGAAAAGGCCAAGUCCGUAAAGAAAGUUGCAUCUGCUAAGCUUAAAGGUUCUAUCAAUGUGAAGCCAAAGCCUCAGAAAAAGCAAACGGAAGUCAAAAAACCAACUGAAGUUGAGAAGGUGACUCCAACUAGAAGGAAAGUUGAAGAGAAGAAAGAUGCAAGAUCGAUUGAUCAGUUGAAUUCACGAGAUCAAGAAAGGUUUUCCACAGCAAAGAUUACAAGGCAAAAGGAUGGAAAAUCUAUCUCCAAAAACCAGUCUUCUAAUCAGCAGAACACUAGUUCCACUUCAAUGUUAGAUCAAAGGAAACGCAGGACAUCAGAACGGAAAAAGAACAGACAACCAGCCUUAGAAGAAGAAAAGAGGAUUUGCAAAGGUGAAAAGAAGGAAAGCACUGUCUUCUAUAAAGAGGAUAUUGAUUCAGCAGGUGACCGCACUUCUGUUUGCCCUGCAGUCAACAGUUUUACUGGUGAUAACAAUGACAAAGAAAGGUGUCAAAUUAAGAUCAGAGAUUAUGAUAUUGACAGUCAGAUUAAGCUGUUAGAUACCCCAAACCUAUAUUCGUGUCUUCCAAAUGACAAGAAUGUUUCACAUUAUGAUGACAAUCAAAGCUCUUAUUCUGAAAUAUCAGUGUCUACUAGCGAAUAUUGUAAUGUGGAUCAACUUGGUGAAACUCAGAGUACUCUUCAUGAAGUUACCUUGAUUACUACCCAUGAAAACGGCAUUGCAGUUCAUCAUGAAACUAAUCAAGAAGGAACUAAAAGCCUCAAAAAUGGCGUGGAAUCAACAGAUAACAAGGGCUUGAGACCGUGUCUUACUCCUAGAAUGAAGCUAAAAGCUUUGCUUCUAAACAACUCAUUAUUUGUGAGCCAUGUUGAGGAGCUUUUCAGUAUCCAAGUCAAUCCUGAGUCAGUUCCUUGCAUGAUAGAUGACAAUGAUCAAGAUUCAGAAAGUGCUCAGUUACUGAUAGAUUGUGCUAACGAACUUUUGGAACUUAAAAGCUCGCAGUUCCUACAAGCAUGCCUGCCUCUUCUGCGCAUGUUCACAGCAAAAUUACGAAGUUAUUUCUCCUUGGAUCGGCUGUUGGAGGAAGUAUGCAAUGGAAUUGAGAGCUUAAGACUCUAUUCAAGGCCGAUAAAUGAUGAGUUUCCCUUUGACGAUCUCUAUGUUAUACUAGAUCGAGAUUUGGAGUUCAAGAGCAUAACAUGGGAGGUUGGUUGGAAGAGUAUGUUUACUCUAAAUGAAGUUGAACAAGUUAUAGGAGAGGUUGAUAAGUUUAUCUUAGGCAAUUUGAUUCAGGAGGUUCUUUCAGAUUUUAUGCUAUAGUAUAGUACUACAUCCUACAUGUUUAUUUCCUUUUUUUUUUUUUUAAAAAAAAAUUUAAUUUUGCAGCAUUUAUGAAAUUUAAUAGAAGGUAUAUGCUAGAAAUUUGUAAAUAAGCAUCAUAUUGUUGAUACAACAGGUGGUAGGCCAAACACAGGUGACAUAUUCCAGAAAAAUUUCCUUCAGAUGGAGAAGAAAUUAAGGUUACCCCACCUAAA